AAUCUCGUUCUUCCGCCACCUUCCCCCCUCUCUUCCUUUCUCCGCCAUCGUGGUGUGUUCUUGACUCCGCUUCUUGCCAUGUCUUCUCACAAGACUUUCAGGAUUAAGCGAUUCCUGGCCAAGAAACAAAAGCAAAAUCGUCCCAUUCCCCAGUGGAUUCGGAUGAAAACUGGAAAUAAAAUCAGGUACAACUCCAAAAGGAGACAUUGGAGAAGAACCAAGCUGGGUCUGUAAGGAAUUGCACAU